UACUCCCGUUUUACUGGGUUCAUGUCUUUCUGGGUUUCUGUGAUGUCUGACUUCGAAGUGGCUUCACGAAAUGGAUGGCUUCACUCCUUUCCAGAAUCAGAGGCACGAUCGUGUUUCUUCCAUUUUCGACAAGCGAACUAUCGACGCAUUCAACACGAUGCAGAUUUGAUGGAACUUGAAUCAAAUGCUACCUUCUCGCUCAACCUCAGAAGUCUCAUUGCUCUUGCGUUUAUACCCCCAUCGGAUGUAAGUGCUAGUUUCGAAGAAUUGCUUCGUAGUGACUUCUUUGAGGAAAACAAGGAUACGUUGGAUAACUACGUGAGUUAUUUUCGAAAUACGUGGAUCGGCGCCUUUGACCCGGCAGGAACUCGGCAAACACCGAUGUUCCCGAUUCCACUUUGGAAUUGUUAUUUGAGCGUUUUACGAGGUCUUCCUAAAACCAACAACUACUGCGAGGGCUUUCAUCGAGGGUUUUCGUCUAUGCUUUCUGUCCACCAUCCAACCCUACCAAAACUCGUCACCGGACUUUUGAAAGAACAGGCCAUUACCACGUUUAAAUCAGAGCAAUUUGUGGCAGCAAUUUUCGAAAAACCACCAAAAUCAGUUAUGGAUCAACGGGAUCGCCUGAAAACCGCCGUUGACCGGUAUGGCAAAAUUCCUAGAAGCGAAUACAUCCGCGGAAUUUGUCACUGUAUUGCAUUGAAGUAA